CAUCUUCCACGACGCAGGAAAACAGCAGUCAUGAACGCAUCCCUUCAUUUUUAAUACUGAGGCUAUAAAUACAACAAGAUCAUGAUGAAUUUUAAGAAUAUCGUUGGAAUUGCUAUAAUACUGCAUGCAGCAGGGAUAUUUUGCUUAAACAAGCAACUAGGUUGUCCGAAAAACUGGAAAAGAUUCGAGAAGUCAUGUUACCUAUCACCAAAGUCAUCCCUCAACUGGCGCGCUGCUGUUUUCAACUGCAGUAAAUAUAAUGCUCACCUGGUCACAGUCUCCAAUGCAAGAGAAAACUCUUUCCUGAUUCGAGAAUUCGUCAUUACGCAACAGCACAGCAGGCAUUUUUGGCUCGGUUUACAUAGAGCACCUUCCGAUCCUUCGAAGUGGUUGUGGGUCGACGCAUCCCCUGUGACAUUCCGGGACUGGUACUCAGGGCAGCCUGACAAUUAUCGCCAAGAAGAGUUUUGUGGAGAGAUGUAUGUUCUUGAAGUUCGCAACGGUGUGGUGAAAUGGAAUGACUUAAACUGUUCCCGGAGUUCAACUUUUAUUUGUGAGAAAGAACUACUCGCUUUGCCUUCGUGUACAGAGGACAACGGUGGCUGUCAACAUUUUUGUUCCCCAUCGAAUGAUCGUAUAGUUUGUACGUGUAAAGAUGGAUUCAUCUCUGAAAAGAAUGGAGCGGUAUGUGUUGAUCCUAAGAUUUAUUGGUCACAAGAAAUUCAACACAAAGCCAACAGCUCGUUUAAUGUGGCUCUACUCGUCAUGCAGCUGGUAUCACUUAUUCUUCUCCUUCCAAUGGCGCUGGUUCUGGUGUCGUUCUACAGAAUAGUUUCAAAGCAAAGAAGACGAGCAAACACCCAAUUUCAUUCCGCAGUGGUAAAUUCAUCACUGUCUCAAGAUGAAAGCUUCGGAAACCAGAAUACCCGGCUUACUAACGCAACAUAUGAAAACAGUGGCAUCAGUGAUAAUGUUUAGUUAGUUGAAAGAUUAACACAUCUUGAAUGAUAAUGAAUCUUAAUGAUAUGUUUGUAUGGUUAUCCAAAGCUAUAAGUCACCUCAUACGAUAUUUAGGGAAUAUUU